AUGUCAAUGAUGACAAUGAUUUUGCCAAGCGUAUUUUAUCUGUUUUUGAGAGCGUCGGAUGAAAAGAGAGAGCUCCUUCUCAAUAAUGGAGAAGGAGUGAAAGAUAAUGAUAACGUUAAAGCCAACUUUGCAGAGCUGUUCAAAUAUGUGCCGAAGCCAAUCCUAGUACUGAACUGCCUUUCGCUAACUUUCGGAAUAGUGGGCGGAAUUGUUGCCACCGUAUUUUCAAUCAAGGAGCUGACCAGUUACGAAGUUUCUGCACCUUGCUAUGUACAGUAUCUCAAAAACGGUAUUGACAAUACAAAAGCUGAAUAUGUAAACAAAGGCGAUAUUUGCAGGACUACCAUUCGUGUCUACUAG